CUCCCCUCCCCUCCCCUCCCCUCAGGCCCGCCGCGAUGGCGAUUCGCGUUCGGUUCCCCCCCGGGCCGCCCCCGGCCCCGCUCCCGGCCCAGCUCCUGCCCUGCCGAAUCAGGCACGACGGGCCCGCGCCCGUGGCCGCCUUCAUGAGGGUCCAAGCCGGCCCCGACGGCGAGCUCUGGACCUCUUUCCGGGGGCGCCGUUUGGGGGGGCGGGAGCUGCCCCUCCCCCCCGGCUACAGGGGGGUCCUGCUGAGGGAGGGGGAGCCGGGGGAGCCCCCACUCUGCGACCCCGAGGACCCCCAGCCCCGGUGGGUGUCGGUCUGGGGGUCCUUUGGGACCAUCACGGACUGGGGGGCCGAUGCUGUUCCCCCUCCCGGCCGGGGCCUGGCCCGGGCGCUGCAGUGGGGGACCCUCGCCAGGGAGCUCCACGCCCCCGUGAGCGAUGACAGCGAUGAGGAGGCGGAGCUCUGACAGGCCCUGCCCACUGUGAAGGGGUGGAGCCAUCACAAACCACACCUACAUGUAACUCCUCCCCACUGUGGGUGUGGCCUGUCCAAGCCACACCCCCUCAUGAAUAAACCAAUACCCACCCUUGAUGGGUCACACCCACUCAAGCCCCUCCCACUGUGGGUGGAGCCUGUGCAAGCCACACCCCUUCCCACUUCCCCAAGCCAAUAAAAGCUGGUGCUUCCUUGACAGGCCCUGCCCAUGCACAAAGCUCCUCCCACAGUGGGAGGGGCUUGAUUAACCAAAUGAGCUCCUCCCACAGUGGGAGGAGCCUGUUUAACCAAAUGAGCUCCCUCCCACAGUGGGAGGGGUCUGUUUAACCAAAUGAGGUUCCUCCCACAGUGGGGAGGAGCCUGUUUAACCAAAUGAGGUCCCUCCCACAGUGGGAGGAGCCUGCUUAACCAAAUGAGGUCCCUCCCACAGUAGGAGGAGCCUGUUUAACCAAAUGAGGUUCGUCCUGCAGUGGGUGGAGCCUCCCAUUCAAGCCCCACCCCCUUUAAUCAAUAAAGACUCCACAGCCCCAGGUGUGGGCGGGGCCAGGCGUUGUUUAA